AUGGACUCUGGAGAUGAGAAUAUAGAGGUUGAAGGAAGGGAAGGUUCAGAUACUUCCAGUAAAGAGGACGUUGAUACCUCUAAGGUGCUACAGGGUAUAGUCCGCCAGGUUAAGGCAGAGAUGAAGAAAGAACCUAAAGAACAAAACUGUCCACCUGUAGGUCAGGACUGUAGCAUUAAGGAGUUUAUGAGGAUGAACCCUCCGACCUUUGUGGGAGGAGCUGAUUUAGUGGCUGCAGAUAAUUGGAUAACCAUUGCAGAAUAUGCAGCAAAAUCUGUGGAGCUAUCACGCUUCACACCAUUUCUGAUUCCGAACGAGGCAAGGAAGGCCAAGAAGUUUAGGAAAGGCCUGAGGCACAGAAUUUAUGAGCUAGUGGUGGGGUUUCAGGUUCAUACUUUCUCAAAAUUAGUUGAUAAGGCUUCGGUGCUAGAAAAGAGUAUCCAGAGCAGCACAGAGCCUUCAGAGCAGAAGAAGAGGCCUCCACCAUCUAGUUUUCAAGCUGAGGUUAGUCAGGGAUCAAGGAAGAAAAGGAAAGAGAUAGUGGACUUCGUAUGCCAGAAAUGUAAUAAAAGGCAUAGGGGCGAAUGCUAG